UUAUUCAAUAACGAUCUGCUAAGCGAUGUCGGCUUUGUUGUACGAUCGUCAUGCGGCGAAAAGCAUGCUAAGAGAACCAAGAUGGCGAUUCCGGCACACAAGUUUCUGUUGUCCAUCUACAGUCCUGUUUUUUACGCCAUGUUCUGUGGAGAAAUGGCCGAGAAGUCGGACACUAUUGAUCUACCAGACUGUGAAUAUGAGGGAAUGUUGGAAAUGUUGCGAUACAUGUACAGCCACGAGGUGGCGUUGCACGAAAGCAAUGUUUUUCAGGUGUUGUAUGUGGCCAAGAAAUAUAUCCUGCCCUCUCUUGCCCAAAAAUGUGUCGAGUUUUUGAUGAGGAAUUUAGAUCUUGCAAACGUAUUCUGUGUUCUGUCUCACGCCCAAAAGUUUGACGAGAAGAAUCUUGUGGAUCGCUGCUGGGAAAUGAUUGAAAAUGAAACUGAAGAAGUUGUAAAGUCGGAGGAAUUUGUGCAAGUUGACAAGUCCUUACUCGAAGCCAUGGUCAAGAGAGCCACAUUGACAAUCUCAGAGGUAAAGCUGUUCAGAGCUGUUGAUUUGUGGGCUACAGACGAAUGUGAAAGGCAAGGGGUUCUCGCAAGUGGUAAGGUUAAGCGAAGAAUUCUUGGAGAGCAAAUAGUGAAAAACAUACAUUUUCCAGUAAUGGAGGAGAAAGAUUUUACAAGCACCGUCAUUUACUCAAAUAUCCUCAGUAGGACAGAAGAAAGAGAAUUGAUGAGGAAUUUUAGUGGUACGUUGACCACAUCUGUAGGUUUUCCUGAAGAUCAGCGAGUAGGUUUCAGGUGGUCGUGUAGCAGAUUUGCAUGCUUUUCAUCUUGCUAUUGUGAACCAGGAGACUGCUCCUAUGAUGGAGAUUCAGAUUCUCUCUUUCUUGAUGCCAUUGUUCUACAAGUAGACAAGGACGUCAUGCUUCAUGGGAUCCGUUUCUUUGGUUGUGUAAAUAACAUGGACCACAUUGUUUCUUUGAAAAUCAUAGACAAGGAAAAUGGUACAGAAAUGUUGUCUUUGAAAGAUAUGUUCAUUUCUUCUUUCCCUUUGCCAUACAAAGAAGAGAAAAUCAGUUGCUGUGAUGUGGUUUUUGAUCCAGUUAUUUUGAGGAUGAAUGCGGACUUUAUUGUUAGAAGUUUAACGGAUGGCCCAGAACCUUGCUAUGGGUAUGAUGGUGUCAGCAUCGUUGAAAGCCAUAGUGUGACUUUCACUUUUAAAGCCUAUAAGUCAAAGAACAGGGUGAAUGACACAGAGGUUCAGACGGGCCAAUUUUGUAGCUUCUUUUUUAAGCCACUUUAAUCAUCAUAACAGCAAAGUAUAUUGACAUAGUAAAUAGCAUUAGUAAACAGAAAACUAAUAUAGUAUUAUAACCUUCUUUUCUAUUUACUAUUGCUAUUUUCUAUCUCAAUCUACUUUGCUAUUUACUAUGCCAAUGCUGUGAGCUCCAGCACACCAUAUGUAUGUAAUGGGAAAUCGUUAUAGAAUGUGCUGUAUUUCCUUGAAUUAUAGCUGUUCCUCAAGUAAUCGCCUCCCUCAAAUAAUUGCCUCUUUUAGAUGGAAAUGUUAAACAAUAAUUAUCAUUGGAUGAGGUUUUUGUGAUAUCCAGAAUAAUUAAGGUCGAGGUAGGGGUUGGGCUUUGGCUGAUAACCCCCACCCCUCUUACCCUCUUCUCUUUCUUUUAUCCCCCCCUGUCGAGUUGAAAUGGAGUCUGAUGCAACAAAACUGGUCAGUUACAAUUCAAGCUCUGAUGCUGAGGUUAUUGACAUUGGAAAUUAAUCAAGGAAUCAAAUUUGGAACACUGAAAAUGCCCAUGUGUGAUCAUUUUUGUUGUUGUUUUAACAGGAUAAUAAAACAAAAUAUGUAGGGCAUAACUUCCAGUGAGCAAAUUUUGAAAUAAUCGACUCUCCCUCGAAUAAUAAUAUUGCCUUCCCUCGAAUGAUCUUCCUCUUUUUGUGCAAACAAAGUAAUAGUUGCCCCCAGCUAUUAUUCAAGGAAAUACGGUAUUUGUAAAUAUAGGUUAGAAAUAUUCUGAUUUCUGGUUAGUACAAAAAGGCCCGAUCAGAAAACACCAGCAUUUGUUCGACCAGAGUUAAUGUUAAGAUGAUUGUGAAGAUCGAGAGAUGAACACCCUGACACCGUUCUUGUGUGCGGUGGUGACGUCAGUGGAUUGGACACGCAUGAACUAAAAGCAUUGUUGGGAUGGGACGUUCUGGUCGAUUUUCCUCGAGAGGUAACGCAUGCCUGGAUAACUGCCUAACCAAUAGGCUGGACUUGUUUGGAAACACCUCUUCAUAUGUUAAUAAAGACUGAUCACAAGGGAUUUGUCUUACCUGCUGGAACAAAACUCAAACCCACGCUCUCCAAAGUACUUGAGAUUGAUUGUAGAGAACAUCGCAAACAAUCAUUCUAUCUGGCUUUAGCUGCACAAGACUGGCAAGAGGUUGUCACAGCGGACAAUGUUGACGUUGCAGUUAGAAUUAUGAAAGACAAAAUAUGCUCUUUAAUGGAUAAGUGUAUGCCACUCAAGUCUAUCCGUAUGUCAUCUUGUGAUCCCAGGUGGAUGUCCCCCCUUGUGCGGUCAUACUUAGGGCAAAAACGAGAAUAUCGCUCAAUAAUAGAGAGUGACUAAAACUCACAAACAGUAGAAUUUCACAAGCCAUCAGGGAAAACAGAAGAAAUCUAGUGAGUGUUAUGGGUAGUUGAGUAUGGUGGAAGAACGUCGACCUAGUUUCACAGCGUCGUGCAAGGACAACCUGUGUUAAUUUCAACCAUGCCUCCCUGGACCAUCUGAAGAACUAUUUCGGGCGCCUGUGCCAUGAUGACAGUUAUCUGAGACCUACUGAUGUGCUUAUCAAGGGGCAUGUGGAAGUUCCAGAGAUAACACAAAGGCAGGUCUGGAAUGCUCUUACUAAGUUGAAAAGAACAGCUACAGGCCCAGUAAACAUACCCUUCUGGAAUUGGAAAGAUCACACAGAACUUCUCACUCCAGUUAUCACUCAAGUGUAGAAUUUAUCGUGAUCAACUCACUCAUGGCUAGGUUCCUGGAAGAGAGGGCAAAUAUUAACCCCCUUCCCAAGGUCAACUUUCCUAAAGCGCAUUCAGACUACAGAGGGGUAAAUGUCACAAAACAAAAACUCAAAAAGAGCCUUUUUUUUCUAUUUAAGGUCAAGUGAUUAAUAUGAAAAUAUAUAUUUUAGAUCACAGUAUCUAAAUAUUUUUGCAUCUUGUCUUAUACUUUUUUAGCUAUAAAAGGAUAUAUUCCACAAAUAUUGACUGUUUUGUUUCAGGUUCAUUGCAUUUGCAUUUGACCUUUGUUGUCUUUUGCCUUUUGUCCGUCAUUCGUAAACAAUAGCUAAAACCAUACAACUACUACAUCAACCAAUCAGAGGUUCUGAACAGAUUCCAGACAGAUUUUAUGUUAUCAGUAUGGAAUUUCUGUCGCUGAGGUGCAGACGUCUCUCCUAGCAAAACGUCCCAAGUGGCGAGGAGCAAGGAGAAAUGGCUGUUUUCACCAGGUAGAUCUGUGAGCGACAUUAAACUUUAUAAGACAAUAUAAGAUAUAGCACCCAUCUUACUCAUCCCCUGGCACAGGUGACAUUAAACUUUAUAAGACAAUAAGAUAUAGCACCCAUCUUAGUCAUCCCCUGACACAGGUGGGGUAGGUUGGCACUUCUUUUCAAUCAUAUGAAAACCAUGUUAAUUUGUUCCUCUACUAAAUUAUAUAUAACAAGUAUUCACUGAAGUGAAGGUGGCUAGUGUUGGGUGGGUAUUUACCUAGCCGCAAAGCCACUAGCCACGACUAUUUUGGUGUCCGCUGCACUUCCCCGAACUAGCAGAGUAUAUUCUCUUUGGGGCUAUUUGGAAGCCGUUUCAGAAAAGUGAGUUUCAGAUUUUGUAGAGUUGUAACUCGACACAGAGUCUGGGUGGUGCCAUCCUCAGAGACCCAAGGGCAGAUAGUUGGGGCAAGAGAAAUUCUAAACGGGGGGGAAUUGGGGCGAAGAAUUAUUUUUCCUUUCGUUUAGACUCUGGUUCUCUCGCCCUUACUAUCUGAUAUCUGCCCCUGUGUCUCCGAAGACGGGGCGGUGCUGCCCAAGUAGCUUUUUGAUGUACCGUAUAUGAAGGUAUCCCUAGCCGGUGGAAAGCCCGCUGAAAAACUGUACCGUAUAUUCGUAAAUAUAACACCUUCCCGCCGAUUCCCGCCAUUUCGUGACUGUUCGAUUUCGUUAGUCAAUCUUCCUUUUUCGCGUGUCUUUUAGUGUUUCAAUGGCUGUUUUUGGGCAGCUGGGUGAUGAAAAAUCACAUGUAAGGGAGAAGAUAACCUUUUUAUUCAAUAACGAUCUGCUAAGCGAUGUCAGCUUCGUCAUACGAUCGUCAUGCGGCGAAAACGAUGCGAAAAGACCCAAGAUGGUGAUUCCAGCGCACAAGUUUGUGUUGUCAAUCUACAGUCCAGUUUUUUACGCCAUGUUCUGUGGAGAAAUGGCCGAGAAAUCUAACACCAUUUAUCUACCAGACUGUGAAUACGAGGGAAUGUUGGAAAUGUUGCGAUACAUGUACAUCAGCGAGGUGGAGUUGCGCGCAAGCAAUGUUCUUCAAGUGUUGUAUGUCGCGAAGAAAUAUAUCCUGCCCUCUCUUGCCCAAAAAUGCGUCGUGUUUCUGAUGAGGAAUUUAGAUCUUGCAAACGUACUCUGUGUUCUGUCUGAAGCUCAAAAGUAUGACGAGCAGAAUCUUGUGGAUCGCUGCUGGGAAAUGAUUGAAAGCGAAACUGAAGAAGUUGUAAAGGCAGAGGAAUUUGUGAAAAUUGACAAGUCGUUACUCGAAGCCAUAGUCAAGAGAGCCACACUGACAAUCCCAGAGGUAGAGCUCUUUAGAGCUGUUGAUUUGUGGGCUACAGAAGAAUGUAAAAGGCAAGAAGUUCUCGUAAGUGGCAAGGUUAAGCGAAGAAUCCUUGGAGAGCAAAUAGUGAAAAACAUACAUUUUCCAGUAAUGGAGGAGAAAGAUUUUACAAGCACCGUAAUUGACUCAAAUAUCCUUACUAAGACAGAAGUAAGAGAAUUGAUGAGGAAUUUUAAUGGUACAUUGUCGACAUCUGUAGGUUUUCCUGAAGAUCAGCGAGUAGGUUUCAGGUGGUCUUGUAGCAGAUUUGCAAGAUUUUGGUCUUGCAUUUGUGAACCAGUACACUGGUCUUAUGAUGGAGAUUCUGAUUCCCUCACUCUUGAUGCCAUUGUUCUAGAGGUCGACAAGGAUAUCAUGCUUCAUGGGAUUCGUUUUUUUGGUUGCAUAAAUAACAAGGACUAUCUCUUUUCUUUGAAAAUCAUAGACAAGAAAAAUGGUACAAAAAUGUUGUCUUUGAAAGAUAUGUCUUUUUCAUCUGUCCUGUUGCCAUACAGAGAAGAGGAAAUCAGUGGCUAUGAUGUUGUUUUUGAUCCAGUUAUUUUGAGGAAGAAUGCGGACUAUGUUGUCAAAAGUUUAACGGAUUACCCAGAAACUUGCUUUGGGUGUGAUGGUGUCAACAUUAUUCAAAGCCAUGGUGUGACUUUCACUUUUAAAGACUAUAAA